AUGCUGGAAUCUAUUUUAAACGAUGCUCAAUUAAGUAGCAAAGCAGUAUUCUCCAUUGUUCUUUUACCUCCUAUUACCGGUAAUCUUGCGUUUUCUUCUUCUUCCUCUGCUCACACCGCUUUCCUGCAAAGCCAUGUCAUUCAUGUGCCAUGGGGAUUAUUGCUAUUCAGUUCAGCCAAUGCUCGGUUGAAAUUGCAGAAAAAGAAGAAUUACGUUCAACAUGAUGAAAAUGCUCAGCUGAUGAUAGCAAUGAAUGAUACAAUAUAUGAAGCAUACGGUGGCAAUAUUUACUGCGAUCACAGCAAACGAAAAGUAAAGAUCACUCACGCGGAAUUACUAUACACACUGCCCGGGAACCCAACUUGUACGCAUCUGUUGCUCUACAUUGACCAACCUGUCAUUGAUCUAGCAACCACAGUCGACGGCAAGCUGGUAGGUAUGCAACAGCAGCAAGAACGUUCGUUGGAUCAUUUGGGUUUCAAGGAAAUGAUUCAGAAACUAGUGCCAACAAACAACAAUAGCGACACUGUUGUACACAAAAUAGACCUGUUGAUUUUAAAGUUUUGUGACACAUCUGUCUGUUGCGAUACACUCUCGAGUUUACGUGAAUGUAUGGAAAACAUACUGUACGAAGGCUAUGAUCUUCUAGAGAGCCUGGAUUUGAAUACCAUUGCAAAUGUAUCAUUGGACUUGAGCAUAGACAAUUUGUGUGGAGCCUAUGAAAGCUAUUUUAUGGAUUUGACAUACGAUGUUGCCUUUUUCAAGAUCACUCAGCUACUGCUACCGCAGGACAAGGCACUGACAUCCGCAUUGGAAGAUAUGGAGUAUCUGGAUUUCUCACAAAUUGCAUUACCAGCAACCAUCAUCGAUCCACGGCGGCGAGUUCACAGUGCCAUUGAAAAUUUUGAAAGGAUUGGAGCGUUUCGCACACCAGCAGAGAAGUUAGAUUGUUUGCUCAAGACAGUAUCCGAGUUGACGCAAGACAGCGACUCAGAUUCACUUAUACCCUUAUUGCUGAUCACUUUGAUUCGCAGCAAAGUACCUCAUCUUACAGCGAAUCUAGUCUAUAUGAAGGAUUAUACGUUUGAAAGAAACAUCAAAUUUGGGAAAUAUGGCUAUGCCCUGAGUACAUUUGAAGGAGUCCUCGAGUAUAUCCUGGACGCACAUCCAUCUUUGUCAAAGGUAUCAAAGCAAAAUCAAGCGUUUUGGUCAUGCAUCAAGACCGGUGAUCUGGACCAGUUUCGACAAGACAUGAUAGAUCACGAAGAUGCAGCUGACGUACAUGAUAUCGAAGGAAAUAAUGCGCUUAUGAUAGCUUGCUUCCAUGGACAGACGCAGAUGGCUGCAGAGCUAUUGACCCGUCAACACAUCCAAACGAUUAGAAAUGACCAACACAAGACGCCGCUCAUUGCUGCCGUCCAAAGCAGAUCCAUGGACACGAUUUGCCUGCUACUCGACCACUCCCAGACCUUGGACUGUGUCGAUUUAUCUGGAAAUACGGCAGCGUUGUAUGCUAGCAGCACAAAUAAUUUAGACAUCUUGCAAGCGGUAGUGCAGCGAGGUCAUCAUGGCCAGCUAUUGGACCAAAUCAAUCAAACUACUGGCGAUACAGCACUUCACAUGGCUGCGAAAAACGGAGGGUCUAUGGCGUUUAUCAGCUACAUUAUGCAACACAUGUCGAGUCCCAAAAUGACUAGAAAAAAGAACUACAAGGGAGAGACGUUUUUUCAUGUAUGUCGUAACUUAGAGUACGUCAAGCACGCUAUCAAGCAACACUCGAGCAAUGUCAACGUCAUUGUCAACCAAGUGGAUCAUCUUGGCCGAUCUCCUUUGAUGACUUGGGCAGCGCACGGCCGAUUGGAUCUGGUAGAAGCUAUUAUUCCUUAUGCCAGAGAUUAUUCCAGGGUGGACAAUGAGGGACGGACAGUGCUACAUCUGAUCGCAAUGCACCUUGGUAGGCACUUGACUUUUGGCAAUGACAGCUUGGGUUACAUUAUCAAGAGGAUGAGGCAUGUUGUCAAUGUGCGCGAUUGGAGUCAUGGUAAUACAGCUUUGCACAUUGCGGCAGAGACAACCACACUAGCAUCAGCACACAGCAUAGCCAAUGCCAUUGCAUUCAUCAAGGCAUUGGUCAACUAUGGCGCUGUCAUCAACACUGUCAAUCUGCGAGACGAGCAUCCUGUAAAUAUAUGCCGAAUCCCUGAAUUGACUGCCUGCUUGGACGAACUACACUUGAAAAGAGAGACAUUCUAUUCUUCUAUUAUGAAGCAUAACAGCUUAUAUCAGUAUACCUGGGCUGUCACUCGACCCCUGAUACAACAGCAUACUAAAGAUCAUACUUCAGAAGUCUCUUAUUUUAUUAAAAGCGGGCAGAUAGGCAAGCCAGAUACCAUGCGCAUCGUCAGUCGAAAGCUACAAGAUUUUACAUUUCUACGCAAGGAGCUACUGUACGAGAUGCCAGAGCUAUUCUUACCCACAUUCAGCCAGCUCACCGAUCCAAGCACUAUGGAUCUACGGCCACCACCCCUGGCAUGGAUCGAUGCCACACUGACGAAAUUACAAUCCUUUAUGGAUUGGCUACAAUACCACCCCCUUUUGAAGCACCAUGAUCUUGUCAUGUCAUUCGUUCGAUCUUCUUGUGAUUUACAAAAAUCGGUCAUCAGAGAUAACUCAUUUUCAAGGAGAAAACUCAUGUUGGAAAAGAUCAAGGAUAUCCCGCUCACUACGACAAGCAUGGUGAGCAGUAAAGACGAAGAAUACUUUUUGACAUACGCACAGGAGAUCAUGAUGCCUCUGAAAGAGCUUUACCUGAACGUGGUGCUCAAGGGAAGGCAGUUGCAGCACAUAGGAUUAGAAUUGCAGCGAAAUAUGAUGUUGGUGGCACAAGAUACGCUAGCGGCUGCAUCUUGUUUGGAGGCAUCCGAUAUGUUUACAAGCAACACACUCGCUGUAGAAACGAUGCGAGUGUGUGCCAAUGUAACGUUCGAAAACAAUUGCACCUCUCCUUGGUUGGAGCUGCUUCAGGCGAGCGAAAUGGCCUAUGCCAUGGUAGAUGGUAUACUACUCUCCUUACAAAGACCAUUUCAUCUGAUCAAACAACGAUGUGCUCUGCGGGAAAGCAUUGAACUGCAAAAAGAAAUGUUGCGCAAAUCCAAGACAUGGCAUCAUCUGUUUUCACCCAAAGAAAAGAAGAAGCGCAUGGAAGAGAGCAAGGAAAAAGUCAUACAAAACAUGAAUGAUCUCAACCAUAUUGAUGGCCAAAUCCAUGAAGCCCAUCGACUGAUAUCCGACGAAUUGGCCCACUUUCAAAAUAUCCACCCAGCCAAAAUGAUCAAGACGCUGAAAAGAUUUGCCAGAUCAUCAUUGGAGAUGGAGAGGCAAAAACUAAACGCACUUCAGCACGAUUUAGAGAAAUGGGAGGAGAAACCGUUGCCACCGAUUCCUUGA